AUGUCAUAUCUUUCACCUUCAAUUGUGUCUUGUUCACAGCUCACCAAACUUGUGAUCAUACGAAACGAACUGGUACCUUAUCGAAAAUUGGUUUUCAUUGAUCUUAGCACUAACAAGUUGGAACGAUUACCGGCCUCGUUUUCAAAACUUACCAAGCUUGAAACCUUGGUAGCAUCCGGAAAUCAGGUGAAAUUUCAUGCUGCAAUUUCACAGACACUUUCAAAAACUUAUUUGCUGGUUUUCUGA